GUCGCAGUCGUUGCCUGUCCACCGUUUCGUUAAGCUGUUCGCUUUAUGCUGAAAGACGUCGCGAACGCGCGCGCGCUUUUUUCGGUUGAAAAAUGAUUUUCUUAGAUUUUUGAAGCAUUUGUUCCAUGUAACUUUUAAUUUAUGAAUGGGCGAAUCGUCGAGUCGCUGGACAAUAAAUUAAGCGCCAAAUACCAAAGAAAUUUUUUCGUAUUUUAAAUUGAAAAGUCCAAAUAACUUAUUCGUAACCAAAGAGCUGAAAGAUACAAGAAAUGUGCAAUAAUAAUUGAUGUGAUGUGUGGAAACAAACAUAAUAACAAUAAAUAACAACAAAUGAAUGCUCUCCAGCACUUAGCACGACUUACGACAGAACCAUAUCAAAUAACGAGCACAAACAACAACAAAACUACUUGGAAUAAAAAAAACCAAUUAAUGUGACUAAAAUAUAACAGACUAAAAACUUCAAAAACAAUGAGGAAAACUGCAGAGAAGUCUUCCGACUGCAUUAUAUCUCAUAAAUCGAGUGAUAAACGUAGUUCCUGCCAUACACUAGCAAAUGGAUCGAAGGCAACAUUCCUGUGGCUAUGUCUGCUCUUAAUGUUUGGGCACAGCUCUUCUCUGGAGGAACUAACGGAUAAGGAGUCCGUCAUCAGUGAAAGCUAUGAGGAAUUAAAAUUUGAUCAUGAAGUAUCAGAACUGGAUGCUGAGCAGGCGUUACGAAAGCUGAAUGCAACUCGUGCCGUCACACAGAGCUCCUGCGACUCUAUAGACUGCACACAAGUUGGAAAUUAUUGUUGGACUCCACAAUUCGAGAAAGAUCAUUGCUGGUGCGAACUGCAGCAUAGAGAAGAGGGCUUGCCCUAUAAGGCGCAUAAAUGCUUUGUGGAUGAAAAGAUCUAUAAGCCUACGACGGGUUCAUGCUAUUUCUUCGAGGAGGUCAAGGAAUGCUGUUGUGUGCCCGCUUUUCUCAAAGAGUGGCGUCGCAUCUCGAGUGCUUCAUUAAGCAGAGCACACCCCUUGCUUAGCUGCCUACUGGCGCUACUAAGUUUACAUUGGCGCAGGAGAAGGCGCUAAAAUUGUAUUGUAAUUGGGUGUAACCAAGGCGUUGCAUACGAUCUAGUGAAACGUAGUCAUUGUCUUAUGCAUAGUUAUUAUCCAGCCAUCUUUAAGUGUACUUAUUUAAAAAUAU